UAUAAAUUUUAAAAUUGAUUUUCGUGGUCAGUGUGAAAAACUGCAUCCAAUGAUGUGCCUUUCGAUUUAAUUAGAUAGAAAAUUGGUUUUGAAAAGUCAACAGCACAAGUUCUCAACAGUUCCAGUUAACUGAAACUGGUGCAUAGCUACUUGAAAGAUAAUUUUAUCAUCUAUUGACCCAAAGAUUGAUGUUUUGAAAGGUACUGAAAAUUAGACAUCGAUCCCUUGAAAGCAUCACUGCAGAUAAUCGCCUAUUCUUGAAAUCCGAACAUUAAUCUGUUGUUUGAUUUCUGUUUUUAGACUCAAUCGUCAUCAAAUCUUAGCCGUAUAGAAAAAUAUUCGCUACCUUCUAUAUCUCUUUCUCGUCCGUUAACGAUAAUCGACAACAAACCAAUUAUAUCGUCACUGACAACAGACGAAAAUGGUGCGUAUGCCGCUAAUAACUGCGUUGCUGGUAUUUUAUUCCAAUUUGCUAAAUAUUUCUAGUUUUACUUCUCAAUGCUGAUCAAACUCCAACAUGGUCGGGAACUUUGCCUCAGAAUCCUCCGUCAACAUCCUCAGCGAAUGGGAUGCAAGGUCCAUUUUCACAAAAGUUAUUCCUUGGAGGAAUACCGUACGAAUUAAGUGAAGGUCGAGUUACAGAACAGAUUUUCACAAGAGAAAAUAAAGGUCACUCGGAUUUAUUGUAUGAAUUACAUAACUUUGGACGAUGUACAGUUCGGUGGCCAAAAACUGAAGGAGCUGGUUCCGUUCGACCAGGCUUUUGUCAUGUCAUUUAUCAAGACGCUCGCUCAACUGUAGAAUUACUAAGACGUUGUACACAUCAAAAUCAAGAAUAUUUUUGGCAUGUUCAAAUUAGACGCUCAUCAUUAGUUGUGGGAAAUAAAAUAAAGCCAAAUCAUGUCAAAAUGAUUCAAGUUGUUCCAUGGUGUAUUACCGAUAAUCUGUGUGUUAUUCGUUAUCCUAAUGAUGAUGAUUCCGUUUUAACCAAAGAUUGGUCACGUACGAUAUUUUUAUCGGCUCUUCAUGGAAAAAUGACAGCGUAUAGUUUAGCAUUAAUUAUGACAGAUGUAUUUGGAGCUGUGUCUUUUGUGCAAAUAAAUACAGAUAAAUUUUUAUAUCCAACAGGCACAGCUACAGUUUUAUUUCGUGAUUCACAUAGUUAUAUUCGAGCUGUUUCGACUGGUUCAAUUUAUAUUAAAUGUGAUUAUUUUCAAAAAAUUCACGAAAUAUAUCCUUAUUUACGUGAAAAUGAAGAAUGUUUUUCAUGUUCAAAUUCGGCCAUUUAUUUUUGUCGUAAUAACCAUUGUCUAAGAUCAUAUUGUAAACAAUGUUGGAUUAAAAAACAUGGCUUAAGACCAUUAGUCGAUCAUCAACCAAUUACACGAAAACAAAAAAAAUAA